UCAUGGCAGCAUGCCAUGGUCCUUCAUCCAGUUGCGCUGCCUCAACACCUGGUAGGCGAAUUUGAAGUAGUGCACGUUGGUGUAUCUCAGCUGACUGGCGAAGCCAUUCCACCAGGGGAAAAACUGCUCACACACCUACACAUGUACACACACGAUGUAGACACACGAUGAUGCCAUAUAGUCCAUCGUACCUCGCUGUUGAUGUCCUUGAGAUCCGGAUAGUUGGCCAUGUUGUGCACGCCCCAACACCUUGGCCUCGUGUGGCCAGACUGGUGCACGCGAUCGAUCACAAAGCGAUCCUUGGCCAAGGCCCUCACCUCCUCGGUGGCCCCCGGCUUCGCUGCCUCGAUGCAGAAGUGGUCGGACAGAUGACACGCAUCAUCGUAUAUGAUGGUCAUCGGCUCGACGAUCCCCAUGUCCAGCAGCCGCCGGCGAAACUUCGCCAGCAUCCAGGCGACCUGUGUCGUGCUCUCUGGACGAGGCAACACACAAAAGUCUGCCACGCGACCGCAGGGAUGGAUGGCCACGAGGAUCCCGCUGGUCUUGUCUCCGAUCCUCACGACGCUCAUCGACCCUGGUUUGUCCUUGUGCGUGUUGCAGUCCUGGGAGCAAACACAGCCAAUCAGGCAAAAGAGAAAUAGGCAUACGAGAUAUUCACGUGAGUCAUCUCUGACCUCGGAGCGGUGUUGAUGUGCGUCUGCUUCCUGCGGCUUGGACCCCCUUGCCGCCUGCUCCUGAGGUAUCGAUUUCCAAAGCAAUAGGCCAGAGCGUCUGUUGCUUGUGUUCUCUGCAUGCCCUGCAAGCAUUCGUACCGACUGUCCUCUUUCAGCCGCAGGGGCAACCACUGGGGCAGCCAUGGAAACCUGCCCCCAUUCCAGUGAGACAAGAAAGGGCGCUCUAGCACUUUGGUGCGUAUAAGCCCGAGGUACUUGCCUGUCCGGCGCCCAUGUUGUCCUCCAUUGGGUCCACAUUCAUGGGAGCGCAGUCUGCUGACGACGCAGAUACUCCGGUCGCCUGCACAGCCAAUGAAUGCACUGAAAAACCCCUUGAAAGGCGUCCAGUGUAGCUUCCGUACCUGAUGCGAUCCACCGUUGUGCUGUGGCGCAGCCACCGAUGCGAGACAAGACAUGUCGGUGUCACCGUUCACCAGUACCACACAAGACAUCUCGGUAUCACCACCACAGCCCGGCGCCUGCCAGAAGUGUGACAGGGCCAUGAUGGUGGAGACGGCUAAUGGGCCGACAGGCAACCACAUACCUUCGCAGACACGCCGCUGUCGCCCGACUUGAGCAGCUGCAACACCGAAGAGGAAGAUACAUUGCUGCUGGAGUCUGUGUUUGCUGGUGGGCCGUACACAAACCUCUAGGAUCCUGUCGGUCUCUGCCUCUUGGUCUGUGUCGCCUUCACGAGUAACUCCUCCCUGCACUCACCCAUUCACCCCACGAUGUUGUUUUUCGUCGGGCUGGCAGAAAAGCUCGUCUGUCCUUACCCCAGCUGCCUUGCUCUUUGCGCCUUUCUGACGUGCGUGUCUCCUCGCCAGUCGAGCACGCCCCACGUGUCGCUCAAGGAGGCGAUGACGCUCCUGCUCUUUCACCGCAGAGCAUGUCUUGCCGUCCUCAAAGACGAAAGAGUCGAUAUCCGCGUCACACAGGAUGUCCCGUGCACUGACCUCUGGCGCAGCCGGCGGGCGAGACGGAAUCAGCUGUCGCUCUGCCUUUCUUGCUAUCGCCAACUCUUCCGCACUAGAGAGUGACGCAAGCUGAUGGCGCUGCUGGACGGGCGCGCGCCGCUUCUUCGGUGGUGAGCAGGAUCGAUCGGGGGCGUUCCUUUUCAGGCCCGCCCUGCGACCGCCAUGAUAAAAGGUUAGGGCCAUCUCCGCCCCGUCCUUUUUCACCAGCUCCUCGACCGGCGCCCAGUGGCUCUGUCGCUCUUCGAGUCCCUGCCCAUCUAUCGUGUGGUACCGAUAGUAGGGCCUCAU